AGUCUAGUUGAUAGUACUAAACUAAAGGAUCACAGGUCCAUGCAAUCAUCCAUCAUGUUGCAGUCAGAUUUUCAGCACUGUUUUUCUAUAGUUUUCAUUAGUGCAGAUGAAAAGUUAAGGGGCAUCGGAAAACAGCCCCCGGGCAUAAAACCCACAGGUCCCUCUGGUUUUGAAGAGCCAGAUGAAAUGGCAGAACGUCGAAUCCAACUGCGUCAAGGAAGACGUGACAAUUUUCGUGGAAAUGACGCCACCAGAGGGCAGCAAGAUAUACAACAGGAGAAAAUAGAAAUAAAAAGAAGAUCUCGCAGUGAAGGCCCAACACGCAGAGUGCGCCAACGUGACGAUAAACGAGUUCACCAAUCUGAUUCUUUCGCUAAAGGUGAUAAUGUUUCGCGUCCGAAUUGGGAUGUUGAAGAAACAUCAACUGCUACACGUGUGUCUAGAUACUCUCCUCCGAUAUCAGACGACGGCGGUUUUAUACGAGAUGCUGGUAGUGACUCUGACUCAUACGAUAGCGAUCCAAAAGUUUGGACUAAAAAUCAGUUAAUGUCUCGUAGAUCGCGUCGAUCAGGAGCGUAUAGUGAUAAGAGACGGUCAAAUAUUAAUAACGAUGCUCACAUAUCAACACGUGAUAGCUUUGUGUACUACAGUACCACAGGACAGGAUAAAAGUGAUAGCAGUGGAACUGGUGGUAGCUUUAAGGGUAACAAAUUUCAAAAAAUAGAAGAAAGACGUAAAAAACGAAUAGAUAUACAAAUGACAUCGGAUGAGGAAAAUUCCCCAGAAUAUAGGAUAUCUAGACUUCGUCAGCGAGCUCUUCAGAGUGGUCUUGGCAGGCAAUCAAGGAUAGAACUGCCCGAUACUUUAUCACCAAGUGUUUUUACUCAAAAGAAUGUCCCUAAAAAUUACCAACAAAAUACUCGCAACAGUGGUGCAUACAGCAACACUCCAUUUGGUGCUAAUAAUAACAAUAAUAACUAUCAUAAUCAGCAUAAUCAAAAUGUUCUGAGUAACGCUCAGGGUAAUUUUGUUCCCCAGACUUCUCCCGGAUAUCAGCAUAAUAAUGUGCAGCAAAGACAAUACCAGCAAACCACCUCUAAAACCACCCCUCCCCAACAAAAUACUCAACAAAACUCUGACCCAGUGCCUUUUGGUUCUCCACAAACUGCCCGAGUCAUGACUUACGGUAAAUUAAUAAAUAAUGAACCAAUCAGAAAUCCAUACUCUGGUGUAAAUUCAUCAGAUUCUGGACAGGUGCGAAGAAACAAUCAAAGUGCCAACUUUGGAAUUUUUAAAAAUUCACGAACAAACUCUGUGGACAAUACUACAUCACCCACAAAAAAUAACAGAUUUGUGUACAACAGUUCACCUGAAGUUGGACGUAAGUUUGACUUAAGUGCUGCUCGUGGUUCUUCUAUAGACUCUGUAUAUGACACUGGAGUUGCCCCAGAGCCAGCAUCCAGGUCAGGUGCUUUUCGAAGAUAUAAUCAACACAUAGGAGUAACAUCAGGUUUCCAAACAGGGUUUAGUGUUGACAAGGACCAAAAACCAGUCUAUGUAAACCCACCUUCCAACCAAACAAUGGAGAUCCAACGUGGUAGCGUUGUCAAAUAUCCAAUGAAUUCUGUACAGCUUCAAUCAUCAAGGUCACCAAGAGUAAAUGAAACUUGUGAACUUCGUUUUGACACUAAUAGGUUAAUGGAAGGUCCUUUAUCUCCUGUUAGCCCUAAAGAAUAUAGACAUUUUAACCGUGCACACAGUGAAGAUUCCUUGGAUGAGAUAGUAAUGUCCAAUGCUCAGUUCCUAGAGUCAAAUAUGGGAAAAGCAAGAAAUAAUAUAAAAAGUCAAGUUCCAGUUUCCCGAUCAGCAAGUUUACCAGAUCAAAAACGACAAGGUAUGAUACAAAAUCGUGCCAGAGGGUCUGCAGAAAUAGUAGUACCUUUUGGAUACUCUAAGAAACCCAUAGUUCAAGCUGCACCAUACAGACACCAUAUGGAAAAAUCAGAACUAGAGAUUAGAGUUCCCAUGCCGGGUGCAAACAAGUGGACUCCUGAGAUAACAAUAGCAAAUGAGAACCUUAAUGAUCCUUCAGACUAUAGCUAUAAUUAUAAUGGAAAUGUUAUGCAUAUGUCUUCUGGGUUUGGUGCUCCACGACAAGAAAGGAAAUUAUCAUAUGAUAGUCGAAGUGGAUAUUCACGUCCUACCAGUCAAUAUUUUGAAAGAGAUGACAUAUCAAAAUCAGACUCACAAUUAAACACUGCAACAGUUCCUCCAAGCACCUACAGAGGUGAGCAGUUGCAUCCUAUGUCCCACUACAAACAACCCAAAUCUCUCUCUGCAGAUCAACUUUUACCACCUGGAACCAUGGGUGUAGUUCACAGUCGCCCAACCGAAUCAGGGAUGUUCUCAGAUGUAGAGUAUGAUAUUGAAGUCUCUGACAGGAUCCGGAAGUGGGAAACCUAUAUGAAAAAAUCUAAUGAACCGUUUUCUAAUGGAAAUGCUUUGACUACCAUUCAAGAAAGAACUGAAGAGUUUGGAUUAACUCCCUAUGAUAAUCGACAAGCUGCACCCCGUGAUAUUCCUAGACCUGUAGCCAUAACUUCUAGUCAAAGCUGGAACACAGUUGAGCCAAUGGCCAUGAAACCAUCCAGUUCAGAUCCAACUGUCCAUUUACUGGGAGAGCCACAAAUAAUAUCUCAUGAAACCAAUACUCAUCGUCUUUUCCAACUUGUCCCCGGCGUUAGGGCCCAUUCCACGUCCAAUUCUAUGGGUGCCCUCAUUCAGUCACAAGCCCCAAUACAAAGUCGCAGUUCAGCAGAAAAGCGUUCUCUUCCAACAUUACACUAUGCAUUAAAUAUGCCCGAAACGCCAUUAACUGCCGGUAAAUUAAAGCAGAAGAUGAUAGCUGAUAGACAGAGUAGCCUUGAAAGUAGCUCAACCGAAUCACCAAUCCUCUCUGAUAAAGGAAGCAAAUAUAUGAGAUACCAGGAGAUCGAUGAUAUGACUGGGUCUAAAGAUGAAAGUGUGAAAGAUUUAUGUAAACUCUUUAACUUCAAUGAGGACAGUGAAGGUAGACGAAUCGCCAAGAUUUCACCACAGAAACAAGAUGAUGAAUGGGCUAAGAUCAUUUCUGAUAUGGAAGACAACAUCAAAAAGACUGAUGUGUGGUCACCGCAUAUGGAAAGUACCAAAGGAGAAUCCCUCAGUAUUGAACGAGUGAAAGCACGAACACUUCAGACCAUACCAUUUCAAGAUGAUCCCUUUUGGAAAGAAAUUGAAGAAAUGACAAGUUUCGAGAGUUUAGUUGGUCAGAAACAAGGUGAUCAAAUGGCGUCCUAUGAUGAUCAAUUUAUUGUACGCAACCAAAACCAAGGAGAUACUAGCCAGUCUCAGAGCAGUACUUUACCGAAUCAGCCACGCCUUACCACUUCCUCUCGGGAUAGACUUCAACGAUCUAAGUCACUCUACACGCCAAAUAUAGCCCCUUUAACUUUGGGUAUGCCUCCUAGAAGUCAUAAUAGUCAGACGACACUAGAAGAUGCCAUAGAAGACUUAAAGACUUCCGUGGAUAGAACUAGCACAAGGGACAGUCUGGACUCAAAGUCCUCGUCUCAAACACAGUCCAUUUCUGACUUCAAAGUAUCAGCCCCUGUCAGAUCUUCUAUGUACAUAGAAAAUGUUCAAAUGAGAGAUCAGCCCAAGAAAAUCUGGAGUCAGCAUCGAGGUUCAGGAGUCUAUGACAUCCCAGAAAAUGUAUCGGUUAAAGACAUGUACACCUUCUCGACAGAACCAGGCCAAGCCUUCCCAAAUGUUGUAAAUGGUAAUUAUGAGUUGGACCCAAAUCUACUGAAACAUAAAUUAUUGAGUACUGGCCUUGUUGAAGAAAAUGUUGAUUCGUUUUAUAAUGAACACCAAGAUUCCGGUGAUUAUGGAAAACAACCCCCGAAGUACCAGGAAACCAUCACCGCCACCAGUAAACCAGUAGCCAAUACAGCACCUCAGAGGUUCUACCAAUCAGAAAAUAAGGUGAAUCAAGUGAGUCAAUCCAUGGAGGAUUUACGUCAAUUGGCAAAGAAUGUCGAAAAUAAGAUCGAAUUAAUUAAAAGCAAGCUUGUUCAAGCUGAUGAUACAAAUCUUGAUAAGAUCUUGGUUGCAUUAAGAAAAUUUGCCCCGUCUGCCGGGCCAAGAUCCCCAGAUAUUCGAUCGGAAACUAUGCAUGAUUUUUACCAGAGCAAAAGGUCCAAAUUAAGUGACGCUUUGACAGAGCUUGAGAGAAUAUAUAAGAAUUUAGAUCUUGAGAAUGAGACCCUUUAUGACCGAGCCGAUCGGCGUGAUUACCCUUCAUACCAUAGGCUCUCGCCUGCCCCAUUAAAUGAUGCUCCCCCUGUACGUGAAACUACUAGUCUGUCAAUUGAGAUUGCAUCCCCUGUUUUUAAUGAUAGGGCUGAUGUUGAAAAACAAACACAGUCUGAAUUUGAUGCUAUUUCUAAAUCUUUUCAAGCGAUCCUGGAUGAAGUCAACCAGACCUCAGCUGUGACAACCAGUUCCGAGGAUGUAUGGAUAUCUGGUCCCCAGUCUACGCCCGAUUCUCCCAGGCUGCCAAUGAGAGUUACACUUAAGUCUACCCAGAUACCAUCACCUACAUCAAAAUCUCCGAACCAAUCUGUGUCAACGGUGAGUGAUUCGGACACGCCGUCGCGCCUGCGUAAAUCUCGACAACGCUUUCGUUCCAAAAUACCAGAUGUCGUUGGCGACGAUGUUGCACUAAGAAAAGCGCGCUCUAAAUCAUCUCCGAGAAUUGAAGCGGCCGCCGCUGCACCUCCCUCUCCCACUACCGCAGAUUAUCUUAAUCCGCGGGAGAUGUCAGCAGCCAAAGGGCGAAUCCGAAUUCGUCCUGAAAAGGAACCCGAUGUAAUGCAUGAUGACAUGGCUUAUAGAAAUCUUAUUCAAAGAGAGACGUCUGAAAAUAAAACAAGUUCUGCUAAGUCAUCUAUUCAAAUCGAAUUAUCGAGCCCUGAAUCUCCCCAGGUUAAAUCUGAACUGGUUUUUGAAUCGAUUUUAAUAGGAGAUAAAAAAUCAAAGAUUGUACAACCGGUGCCACCUCCUGUAUCUCCAAUACCGCCGUCCGUGUCGCCGAUACCUUCCGAUUGCAACGUGAAACAUGAACCGAAAAUAAUGGGAACUGUACAACAUGUCGGUAAUCAGCAGCGACAGAUACGUAGCUUACAACUUGGAAAAACCUCCUCUUUACCAACAAAAAUUCAACCAAAGGAGAUAGUAACUGCAAGUAAAAAGAUAAUUACGGUUUCUCAAAAUAAAGAUGAACCGGAGCCAGUACAAAUCAAAACUGUCGCUUUAGUUAAGUUACCAAAAGAGUCCAAAAGUGCCUCAUCUACAGCAGUAAGUAAAACACUAGUUCAACAGACCAAAAUUUUACCAAGAGAUCAAUCAAAUAAGGACAACAAGGAGAGUUCUAAAGUGGAAGCCAAUGUUGAAUGUAAAUCACCAAUGCAAGGAGAGAUAAAACCAAAUUCGCGAGUUGAAAUAAAGAUACCGUUAAUAGCACAGAAAACGGACAAUGUUCCAGAGGUAAAUGUUGGUACGAACGGAACAAAGAAACCAGAAACGACAGGACCACUUCUUAAGAUGCCAAUAACCAAAGUUCAGCCACCAAAAUUAGCAACUUCAAAACUAGCCAAAUUUUUGCCUGUGGCUGAACAACCAAAAUCGAAAAUGGUUGGGCUAAAACCGGAAUCAGGUUCUUGUAAAGAUACAAAGCUCAGAGUGCCAACUAAAACACCAAAGGUAGUUCCUCCCAGUCAGAAAAACAUAAAGACAGAAUUAAAACUUGCAACUGGUAACAAAACUACCAAUGGGAAAUCAAAACAAGGCGAUAAAUCACCAAAGCUUGCCGAAAAAGAAAUUAUUAUCAAGCUGCCUACGGCUUUUUCGUCCACUGUACCUGAUACUGCCACAACUUCUAUUUCUACAAAUUCAAGUAAACAGAAUGCUGAAAAUAUUCCUGAGAAAAGAACGGUAGAAACACAAACGUCUCCUGCCAAAGACAAAUCAACAAAAUCCAAACAAGCUGAUAGACGGCAGAAAUAUAGAAAAUAUGGACGGGGAGUCGCUGGAAUGGUCGAUUUAUUUAGUUCUAGUGAUGAAGACCGGCAUCGUGCAACGAAACCGCUCUUAACACGUAGCGCUCCUGAUCUCAGUUUGUUAUCGCUGGACGAUGAUGAUGAUCAUGUGGACGAUGAUCUUGUUGACGACCCUACGAGUAAAGGGACGCAAGCGGAAAUAACAGAAGAUGCCACUGACUUGGACGAGUCAGAUGCGGUGUUUACAGAUGACGUUGCACCGGUGUCCCCGACUCCGAAGAUCCCGAACAGUGCGGGAACGGCGAAUAAUAAAGACGCGAAACCUCCCGCGCAUCCGUCGUCUGUUAAAAACACGAACACUCCUGACAUUGACAAACCGCGACCGUCAGGUGACGCUAAAGACAAAACAAAUGUAAAUAUAAGUGUGUGUAGUGAUAUAGAUAAAAGUGUGCAAUUAAGACGUAGACAUUCGCUAGAACGGACUGUUAUAGACGAUGCUGACCGAGACGAGAGACCUAAGAGUUUUCACGAACUUUUGGAAUCAUUCGAAACAAACAAGACCAAGAAAAGAAUCCACAGAAUGAGAUCUUUACGAAAGUGUGUAUCCGAGGAUGCCAUGAUCACAGAGAUGGUCGUAGCCAAAGUUUACCAUUCAGAUGUUUGUUUAUCAGAACCAGAUUUAAGUGAAAAUUCAAACAGGAUACCAUCCAAAGAAGAAGUUCAAUCCUGGAGGAAAUACUCUUAAUGACUUGUUACGUCCCAAUUCUUCAAGGAUCGAGCUGGUGAUUGUUUUGUUAAAACUGGGAUAAAUGUUAGUACGCCCAGAUCAAAAAGUGCAUUGAUUAAAUAGUUGUUUCCUAAGUAUAUUUUGUAUUAAAAUUUGUUAUUGAUGAGAAUUUGUCCAUGUUACUAACAAUAAGAGUGGUAACAAGUGUUCGGAGAUAUAUAUGUUUACGGUGGCGAAAGAAUAACAAUUUUGUAUAUUUAAAAAUAACAAAUUAUGAUAAAUAUAUUGAGUAUUGUUAUAUAAAUAAUAUAGAUCGACUGCAUGGAAUCAUUUCAAACAAAGAUAUUCACAAUAAUGUAAAUCCCAGUUCAAUAUUGUUAGUGGUGAAAAUAUUUUGUUGUUGAUUUAACACAUAAUAAAUAUGUGUUUUUGCAAAGAUUCUUGAAAAUGACACUUGAGCUAUUUACUGAACCAUCUGGCACAUGUCCACACAAAACCAACUGUCACAUAUGGAUGAAAUCUUACCCUAAAGUUGGCUUAAUAAGUACUUUGAAAAUAACCCGUUGAUUGGUUCACUAAUCAUUACUUUAAGAGAAAUUGUUAUGUGCUCUCGUGUUAUGUGAUCAGUUAAAAUGAUCUAUUUUUACAAUAAUAACAGCAUCCAUAUUCAGGGUGAUCAGUUGACAUUAAUCACCGUUAUCGGUUCAUCACUAAACGCAAACUGUCAACGCCAUCGGUUGACAAACUGAUUGGUGGACAAAUUGUGUAUUCCUUAAUGAAAUAGCCAGACAACUUGUUUAUGAACCAGUGUGAUCGGUUAACAAAUUAUGUUAUUAAUCACGACCGAUUGCUUAUUCAUUUAUUGCAUAAUGUAACCGGUUGACAAAAUAUUUAUUGAUUGAAUCAAUCGGCUGGAAAAUCGUUUAUGUUGAUUGUGAUUAACAAAGAAAACUAUUUUUAUAAAUUACAAUUUGAAAUUGUUUUAAAACUGAUUUUUUUUUUAUUUUAACACAAUCCCACGUGGAUGUUUUAAGUUUAUGGUAGGAUGUUUUAAAAGUGUGACAAAUAUUAAUUACAAAUAUAUUAUGUCCUUCAUUCUGCGUUUUCCGCUUGAUUAAGAUUAAAUGGAAAUGACUCACUAACAAUGGGAUAAUCUUCAUUCACUUAGAAAUUGUUAAAUUAGACUAUACCGUUUAGUGCUUUCCCGAAUAUAAAGUUAUAACUAUUUUAUAGACUAAUAAAUGUUUUCAUCCAUAGUUUUUAUGGAUAUGAUUUUUCCUAUACAUAUAUUGUUUUGUUGGUGGCAAUAUUUAUGUUAUUUAUAAAUAUAUAUUAAUAUUGUGUUGUUGAUAUAUCGUACAUGUUUCUGUAGUGUAGUUUUCACAUAUAUGGAGAAUUUAAUUUGUACAUAGAAGUGUGUAUAAAUAGAGACAUGGAGACAAACUGGUCGUGUAAACGAACCCCACACGACCAUUUCCGAUCACUGACAUACAUUGUCAUAGAAAUGCCAAAUUCAUAAGGUGCUGAUGAUGCAUAUGGAUAUUUAUUGUUUUUGAUGAUAUGUCAAUAGUUUAUUUAAGACUGAUUUUAACAGUUUUUGGAAUAUAAUACCGCAACGUAUGUCUGUGAGGAACAAGGCCUGUUUUAAUCUUAAGCAAACGCACUUGUAAUAUUUGCAUAAUAUCAUGAUUUGUAUAGUUUCUAAUACUAGUCAUAAUGUUUGUUAUACAGAAUGCUAUAUAUUAUUAAGUAUUUCAACAACAUCUUCGUUAACUGACAUGAACUGGAUACAGUGUACAGGGUAUCGUCGAUGCUUUUUUCAAGUGCAAUAACCACAAUUUAUCUAUGCAUUAUUUUAUGAGGGUAAUGUAUUUAUUACCUCCCCCUGUUUUAUACAAUAUAAUAAAUAAUAAUAAACUAAACGAUGUAUGAAUGGUUUGAUUUAUCAUGUGUAUUGGUCAGUAUGUUUGAUUGUACAGAAAGUGAAUAUUAGAAAUAAUAAAUUAUAUAUUUUUCAAACUACA